AUGCAACGUUUGCUAAAACGAUGGACUAGAAAGACACGCAAGGACACUGCGAGAUUGGAUGUAGUAAUGGGAGAGAACGAGGCCUUGUCAGUGAAAUUCUUGCAUGGGGUUGCGAGUGGUGAUCCGACGAGUCACUCUGUCAUACUUUGGACAAAGUUAACACCAAGCAACGUGCAAAAUCCCAUCUUGGUCCAAUACGAGAUCUUUGCAGAUGACGCAUCAGACACAUCUACUCCCAGAACCAGAAUACAAUAUGGAACAGUGUCAACUAAUAUUGAUGUUGACUACACAGUCAAAGUCGACGUAAAAGGUCUACAACCGUCAACGAGGUACUUUUAUCAGUUUCUAUCACUCUCAUCACCAACCCAGGAUGCACAAAAUACGACAGUAAUUGCCAAGUCUGUUAUGGGAUCUACAAAGACCUUACCGGACAAAGAUGCGGAUGUUGCUCAAAUCAAGAUUGUAGUGGUUAGCUGCUGCAACCUUGCAUGGGGAUUUUUCAACGGAUAUGCAUCUGCUGCAAGGCAUGAAGAUAUUGUUUUGGUGGUUCAUUUAGGAGACUACAUAUACGAAUAUGCGCAUGGAGAAUACGGUGAUGGUGCACCCAUGGGCCGGAUACCAUUGCCAAACCGUCACCUUCAAAACCUACAGGACUACCGCACACGCCACGCGCAAUACAAAAUGGACCCAGACGUACAAGAACUCCACUUGAACACUCCCAUGAUUGCAUUGGGGAAGCUAGCGGAUUUGAUCAUGCUGGAUACGAGGAUUGAAGGGAGGGAUGAGAAUGCUUGGAGUCGUAAGGUUGUUGGUGAUGCUAACAGGACGAUAAUGGGAAAUGACCAAGAACAAUGGCUACACAAUGAACUCGUCACAUCUCAAUCCCGAGGCGCGCAAUGGCGACUCCUGGGAAAUCAAGUAGUUUUUUCACCACUUAAAGCAUGGGGACACAUGUUAAACCCAGACGCAUGGGACGGGUACCCAGCAAAUCGACAACGAUUGUUGGAUGUUAUGAAGAAUGGUAAUAUUGAUAACAAUGUUUUUAUUACUGGAGAUAUUCACGCUGCGUUUGGGUUCGACGUUACCCUCCACCCAACUCGCCCAUCCCACUACAACGCUUCUACCGGCAAAGGCUCCGUAGCAGUCGAACUAGUCACACCAUCAAUAGCAUCGGGCUCACCGCUAGAAAAUAUUCCACUAAUUGGAGAUCGUCUAGAAAAACCAGCAGUGCGUCUCGUGAAAAAAAUGGAGCCGCAUGUCAAGUAUACGGACUUGCUGAGACAUGGGUAUAUGCUUAUAACAUUGACGCCAGAGGUAUUGCAGAGCGAUUUCUGGUUUAGUGAUACUAUUAAGAGGAGUGAUGCGAGUGAGAGCCUUGGUGCCAGUGUGUUUGUGGAGAGAGGGGCGAAUAGGAUUACGAGGGUUGUGCAAUAUCCGUUGAAGAGGGUUAAGCUUAAUGAGAGAGGGAGAAGGAGGGAGAUAACAGCAUCUGCACAUGGCACUGACGAUAUGAGAGCUGCUGAGCUUUGUGUGAACAAAAUCCAGAUUGUAUCGCGUGUGACUGCUGACUUGAACGUCUCUGGAAGUUGGGUUGGAUCGGAAGCCGACGAAGGGAGACCGCAAAUACGGUGGAAGACUACUAAUGUACUGCUAAUAGCUGCUACCUACCUCCUACAACCACUGAUGACUGAAAAUACCCCAUCUGAAGCUUUCAACCCAAACCAACCAAUUACACCACGAAACCCCAUAAUAUCACACCUAAAGCUCCCGCAUACAUACGAAAUAGCCCCAUAUGUACCUACAACUGCCACACAAUCCAUACCCAAACCGUCUGAACCAGACCUUUUAUACCCAUCUGAACAACAUCUAAAGCAAAAGCGACAAAACCUCCCACCGUCGCCAUUUAUAUUCCAGUCGCCUGAUCCUAAUGCUUCGCCGAUACCAUCAACGUUGCCGAGUCCUACGCCAGUGAAUCUGUUGCCGGAUAUCGUGCCAGAUCAGCCUCUGAAUUCGCCGUAUGCGAGUUUGCUGCCCUCGACGCCUAAGAGUGCGACGCAGUGUGUUGUUACGUUGCUUCAAGGAGUGACGAAUCAGAGAGAUGCAUGUGGAUACCCGGCAUGUCUGAGAGGAAUCAAUGUCAAUGCAUUAAAACAAGGGUCGACACAAGCUAUAGCGCUCGGGGUGUGUAUCACUCGUGGAACCCUAAAUGCUCAAUUCGACACCUACAACAUUGCACCCUUCUACGCAUCCCUCCUCGAAUCCAUAUGUCCAGACAUGUCCACCAUAUACAAUUUCCUCGUCGACGGGCUCGUCAUGUCGCUAUCACCACGAGCAUUCGCCUACUCGGAUAUCGUGCCUGCUGUAACGACGAGUGGAGAAUGCACGACUAGGAAUCCGGUUACGCAGCGACGGUGUGCUGCUGAAGUGUCUGCAAACAGUGUCAAUGUGCUAGCGAACUAUUUGGUCAAUGUGUCUGCGGGCGCGCCGUCUUUGCUUGACAUGAAAGCAACAGAAUGCACUACCUGUGCACAACUGCUAUACGGUACUCCUGGCAUGUAUCCCGCUAAUGCGACGUUCUUGUCUGGCUCUCAACACGUCGCAGGUACCGACUACCAAAACCUGGCAGUCGCAGCUAUAGAAACAGUCUGUGGACCGGCAUUCAUGAACUCUAGUGUUCCGUUACGUAUUGGCUCACCACUGAACUCUUCAUCAUCGUUGGAUCUCAUACCACAAUAUCUCAUAUUGGUGCUCGCGCUUAUACUUAUGCUAAUGGUACAUCGUGCUUAA